GGAGAUUCAUUAUAUUGAGAUAUGAUGCUGGCUGUUUGUGUCACUGUUGUCCUGGGCCUUCUCUCAGUGACUGGCUCCCAGGCAGCCCCUUUAACCUGUGAGGAUCUCCUGAGACCACUGGAGCUGAGCAGUGUCAGUCAGACUCUGGGGAAGUGGGUGUAUUUUGCUGAGAGUUCAGACCGUCCUUUCUGGGAACAAAUACUGUAUACCUUAUUAUACAGUGCCUGGAUAGAGGUCUCUGUGCCGGUCGGUACCCAGAACAACAUUCUUGACAUCGCCCAGUUCUUUGGCAUCAGUAUUCCGCAUCAAAAUGCUUUUCGAUUCAGAUGCUACAGGAUCAACUCUAACUUUACUCUGCAUGACAACAGCCAAUGGACCUCAGUGACCCCCAUCCCUGUUACUGAGAGCCUCCUGACAACAUGCUCAGACUGCCUCCUGACCCUGGAGAGACGGGUUGAGGAUGAGAAGUCCUACACCUCUCUAACGCUCUACAGUAGGAGAAGGGAGCUCACCGCUACUGAACUGGACUUCUAUAAGAAACAGGUGGAUUGUCUCAGUCUGCCACCAGCGAUGUUCAUGGAUCCACAGAAAGAUCUCUGUUCCCAAGCAACUCCACUCUUAGAAGAUAAAAUUGCAAAGGAAGUUGAGAAUACAGUUGAACUUAUUUCAGAGAUUCCAAGAAUACUCAGAAAUAUAUUUAACGAAUUAAAGAAUUAUGUUUAUUAGG